UUGGCUGUUUUUUUUGCCGCGAAAGCGCAAAGGUAUCGCUUGAGAAGUUCAGGUUUGGCACUUGGAAAAGUGGCCUGUGGUGAAUAAGCUUUAAGUGACGCAGAGUUGUGGAGUAAAAUGCCUAAACGAGCGUAUCCGUUCGCCGAGACCUUCUCUUCUCAAUACAAGAUGCAUAUUGGACAGAAGGAGCUCAACCACGGGGUUUUUGGGAGUAAAUGCAGACAAGAAAUAUACGACAAAACAAAGAACUUGCUCUUCAGUGGAACCAAGGCUGUGAUGGAGAGAAUCUGGAAGCCUGAUGAGGGCAUGGCAGGAGCACAGGUGCCACCAGCUGUGAACCAGACGCUGCUGCGGGGACAAACCUUGAUUGGACAGGAUGGCCGACUAAGGAAAGCCACCGCAGCUGCAGGUGCCUUGGAGCCGUCCGCUGUGUGCAGCGUGUGUCUGAAAACUGCGGCAGCGAGGAAGUCAUGCAUGCAGUGUGAACGUCAUGCCUGUCCAUCCUGUACACGGCUCUGCAGCAACUGCUCCAGCCUCUGUUGUUCCAUCUGCACCGUGGUAGACUACACUGACCGGUAUGACAGAGUGCUUUGCUGUGACUGCUCAACAUGAGAUGACAAAGGAACAUAGGAAGUUGAAUGUGAUCAUUUUAAUUGAAAAUUCAUCACUGCUGUAAUGCUGUCUUUAUUUUAAAGCAUGUAUUUUUUACUUUUGUGUAUUGUUUUUCUAAAUAAAUUGAGUAGAAGUUUAUGGUUUUUUUUU